UCGCGAGAGCUCCCUGCGUCCCAAAAAAUGUAGCACUCACCCUCGUACCUUGUAUCUGAUGUUUUUUUCCCUUAUAAAUGACACAGAAUCAUCCUCGGGCUGGUUUUGAACUUUGGUAAUAUUUUCAAUUACGUCUGUAUUAAUUUAGGUUGGCUAAUAGGUAGCCAACAGCCUAAAAUAUCAGUAACUAACAGCCUAAAAUAUGCAAAACUACGCAGAGGCGAUAAGGGACUUUGUAGAGACGCAUUCGACCGGCCUCACAGUUGCCUUUUUUGCAGGGGCAGGCAUGCUGGCCUUGCGUAGGUGGCUGGCUGGGGGAGUGUGUCGGAGCAAGGUCAGGCUGGAUGGGAAAACAGUCCUGAUCACAGGAGCCAACACCGGCAUUGGGAAGGAGACGGCCCUGGAUAUGGCCCGGCGAGGGGCCAGAGUGAUCCUAGCCUGCAGGGACAUGACCAGAGCCCACCUGGCAGCUGAUGCAAUCCGGCAGCAGAGUGGGAACGGCAACGUGGUGGUAAAGAAACUGGAUCUCGCCUCACUGCAGUCUGUCAGAGACCUGGCCAAAGAUGUUGAGGAGAACGAGAAACGCUUGGACAUCCUCAUCAACAAUGCAGGCAUCAUGAUGUGUCCCAAGUGGCAGACUGAGGACGGGUUUGAAAUGCAGUUUGGUGUCAACCACUUGGGACAUUUUCUCCUCACCAACUGUCUUCUUGACCUGCUGAAGAAGUCGGCUCCAAGUCGCGUUGUCAUCGUCUCCAGCCUGGCACACGAGAAAGGUCGUAUACACUUUGAUGACAUCAACCUCGAUAAAGACUACAAACGUGAGGAGAGCUACCGCCAAAGCAAGCUGGCGAAUGUGCUCUUUGGCAAAGAACUGGCUAAAAGACUGCAAGGCACUGGUGUGACGGUGUACAGUCUUCACCCUGGAGUUAUCCGCACUGAGUUAGGCCGACACUUCUUCCCUACCUUAGCCCUGUGGAAGAGGAUUAUAGCCAUGCCCUUAAUAAUGCUGAUCAAAAGUCCCUGGGAAGGAGCUCAGACCACCAUCUACUGCGCUGUGGACGAGAGCCUGGCAAAUGUCAGCGGCCUCUACUACAGUGACUGCGCACCCAAAACGGCGGCACCACAGGCCCAGGAUGACGCUGCAGCCAAGAAGCUGUGGGACCUCAGUGCCUCCAUGGUUGGUCUGGCGUAAACUUGAUAGCCUGCCUUGCUUUUAUCAGACAUUAGUAUUGCUGGAGUCAGCGACCCUGUUUAAAUGGGAGAAUACAGCAUGGCAAAUUGUUGUAUUAUAUAUAUAUGCUCAACAGUAUUUAACUUGGUAAGUAUAAAAUAUUGCACUGUUUAAUUAAUUGAUUGAAAAUUGAAAUGAAGCGUAUUGCUCUCUUUAUACCAUGUAUAUUCUGCAUAUUUUAUAAUAUAAUCUCCUGCUGCUAUAUGCUUUUCAAAAUGAGCUAAUACUUGGUUUUAAAUCUGCUGUUUUUAAUCUGGGAUUGAUUGAUUCAGAAUACUAAAAUGCCUGUGGGUCACAGAGCCUUGGUGUCUAAUAAUGAAGUAGAUGGGUUUACAUUGGAGUUAGUUGAAAGCCUGAAGUGUCUCAUACUGAUGCUAAAGGGUACCUUGUGCGUCGGUAUCAGACGCCAAGGGCUGUGAGAAAGCGUCGGUAUUUGAUUACCUUGGAGUGAGAACGCGCUGGUGAUUUGUGCGAUAGAUUCCAAGAGACUUUUAAUACUUUACAAACUGCAGGUUUUAUUCAUAACGUCUAAACACAGUUGUCACUAUAAGAUGAUUAUUUUACCACUGCAGUCACCGCAGUCAUAAAAUAUAUAUAUAUAGGGGAAUACCACAUUAGGGCCUGUUCGUGUACAGGUUGAAAAAGGGUAAAGUGUGUUAGCACAAAGGCUGGGAGGGAAGUGACCUUAAGCGCUGGCAGUUGUAUGAUUGUUGCUCUUCAGAGGAGAGAGGAUCCUCCACCAGGUGUAGAGAGGGAGUGGACGCCUCGGGGCAGAAAGCAGUUAGGAAGCACCCAGUAGAUCCAGAAUGUUUGUCAGUGUACACAGUGUUUUCCUUUGUGAGGUUGUCUUUACUUAGUAGACGCCGUUUGUUGUAUCAUAAGGGGGUAAUUUUGGUGCGUUGUUUCUUAUGUUCUUUCAGCUGAGAGUCAACUGUGUUAAUUAUGAGCAAUGUGAUCAACUUGACAAUAAAUUUCUAACUGAAUUGAUUUUCA